AUGACCCCUUCCAGUCCCUACAAGACCCCAUCUGGUCUACAAGACCCCCUCCAGUCCUACAAGACCCUUCCAGGCCACCACAAGACCCCUCAGUCUACAAGACCCGCCUCAGUCCUACAUGACCCAUGCCAAAUUCUACGGGCCCCUCAGUCCUACAAGACCCCCUCAGUCCUACAAGACCCCUCAAAUUCUGACCCCUCAGUGCAUGGCCCCUUCCAGUCCUACAAGACCCCAUCUGUCCUACAAGACCCCCUCAGUCCUACAAGACCCUUCCAGUCCUACAAGACCCCAUCUAGUCCUACAAGACCCCCUCCAGUCCUACAAGACCCCUUCCAGUCCUACAAGACCCACAGUCCCUACAAGACCUCAGUCCUACAAGCUCUCAAGUCCUACAAGACCCCUUUCAGUCACAAGACCCCUCAGUCCUACAAGACCCCCCUCAGUCCUACAAGACCCCUUCCAGUCUACAAAACCACUCCCCGACCCCCAAAUCCUAUAGGACUUCUACAGCAGACACCUUCAGGCUCCAGUAGACACCGCAGACACCACCAGACACCCGUAGACAACCACCAGAUACCCGCAGACACCACCAGAUACCCACCCACCUGCCACACAGAUACCGGGCCAGCAGCCCGCAGACACCGCCAGACGCAGACACCGCAGACACCGAGCCUGCAGACACCGCAGACACCGCCAGACACCCGCAGACACCCGCAGGCACGCAGACACACGAGACACCCGCAGACGCACGACACCGCGACACCGCAGACACCGCCAGACACCCGCAGACACACACCGCCACCACGCCACCGCAGACACAACCAGACACCUGCAGACACCAGGGGCACCCGCAGACACCGCCAGAUAACGCAGACACAACCAGACACCCGCAGACACCGCCAGACACCCGCAGACACAACCACACACAACCACACACAACCAGACCACCGCAGAUACGCACGUAUACCACCAGACACCCGCAGACACCACCAGACACCCGCAGACACCGCCAGACACCCACAGACACCCGCGCUGCCAGACACGCAGACACCGCCAGACACCCCAGACACCACAGGUACCGCAGUACCACGCAUACCAGCAGACACCCGACGCAGACACCAGGCGCACCGGACACCGCCAGACACCCGCAGACCUGCCGCCAGACACCCAGACACCAAUACCCGCAGACACCACCACCUGCCACCCAGACACCACCGAACCUGGGCGCCACGGGCACCAGACACCCGCAGACACCGCCAGACACCCGGACGCCACCAGAUACCCGCAGACACACCGUUACCACCGGACACGCAGAGCACCAGACACGGACACCGCCAGGGCACCGCCGGCACCACGACUCCCGACAACCGCAGACACAACCAGACACUCUCUCCGUACGUGACAGGUGAAUCUAGUGACCACGUACACAUGACAGUCAAGCACAAGUUGUUGGGUCGAGAGAAAGCUGUAGUGAGUGGGUGUUGA